GCCCACAUGUUUAACCGUUUGGAGCCACUCCCAGGGCCGAGGUCCAGGAGGAGGGCAGGACUACAACUCCCAGCACGUCGUGAAGCCACGCCCCCGCCUCCGCAGCUCCGCCCCCGCGGGUUCUCCAUUGGCCUCCAGGGGGUGGGGAUUAGAUGGGAGGUGGCCAUGGGGCCGCGGCAGGGGUUUGUCCCCUCCUCGGCUUCCGUAGAGGAAGUCGCGCCGACCUGUAUCUGGGGUUUCGGUGUCCCCGCCUUCCCGGGGGUCCGGGGUGACAUUGCACCGCGCCCCUCACGGGGUCGCGUCGCCACCCCACGCGGACUCCCUGGCUGGCGUGCUUCAUCCCUUCGCCUCUCUUGGCCGGGCCCCCACCUCGCCCCCAGCUGCCCAGCCAUGGGGGCCGCAGUGUUUUUCGGAUGCACUUUCGUCGCUUUCGGCCCGGCCUUUGCGCUUUUCUUGAUCACUGUGGCAGGAGACCCGCUUCGCGUCAUCAUCUUGGUCGCGGGGGCAUUUUUCUGGCUGGUCUCCCUGCUCUUGGCCUCUGUGGUCUGGUUCAUCUUGGUCCAUGUGACCGACCGGUCGGAUGCCCGACUCCAGUAUGGCCUCCUGAUUUUUGGUGCUGCAGUCUCUGUCCUUCUACAGGAGGUGUUCCGCUUUGCCUACUACAAGCUGCUUAAGAAGGCAGAUGAGGGGUUAGCAUCGCUGAGUGAGGACGGAAGAUCACCCAUCUCCAUCCGCCAGAUGGCCUAUGUUUCUGGUCUUUCCUUCGGUAUCAUCAGUGGUGUCUUCUCUGUUAUCAAUAUUUUGGCCGAUGCACUUGGGCCAGGUGUGGUUGGGAUCCAUGGAGACUCACCCUAUUACUUCUUGACUUCAGCCUUUCUGACAGCAGCCAUUAUCCUGCUCCAUACCUUUUGGGGAGUUGUGUUCUUUGAUGCCUGUGAGAGGAGACGGUACUGGGCUUUGGGCCUGGUGGUUGGGAGUCACCUACUGACAUCGGGACUGACAUUCCUGAACCCCUGGUACGAGGCCAGCCUGCUGCCCAUCUAUGCAGUCACUGUUUCCAUGGGCCUCUGGGCCUUCAUCACAGCUGGAGGGUCCUUCCGAAGUAUCCAGCGCAGUCUCUCGUGCCGACGGCAGGAGGACAGUCGGGUGAUGGUGUAUUCUGCCCUGCGCAUCCCACCCGAGGACUGAGGGAACCUUGGGGGGGACCCCUGGGCCUGGGGUGCCCUCCUGAUCUCCUCGCCCUGUAUUUCUCCAUCUCCUGUUCUGGACAGUGCAGGUUGCCAAGAAAAGGGACCUAGUUUAGCCAUUGCUGUGGAGAUGAAGUCAAUUGGAGGUUCAAGGGUAGACGAGCUCUGAGUUUCCCAGUACCCCCUCCCCAGACUGGAUAUCUUAAGUCUUUUUCUCAGGUCUGAGGGGAACCAUUUCUGGUGUGAUAAAGACCCCCAAAUUGCCUUUUUCUUUUGAAGCAGGAGGAGGGAGGAAGUAUGUGUUAAUUCUCCUAACCUCCUUGGACUAUAUUUUCCCUCCUCAAAUUGCUCCUUAUGGCUGGGCUUAUAUCUAUCCAGCUUUCCCCUUGGUCCCAGGCUUUGGGGGAAAGGAAGAAGUGCAUGUUUGGGAACUGGUAUUACUGGAACUAAUGUUUCAACCUCCUUGACCACCAGCAUCCCUCCUCUCCCCAAGGUGAACUGGAGGGUGCUGCGGGGAGCUGGCCCACUCCAGAGCUGCAGUGCCACUGGGGGAGUCAGCCUACCGUGACAUCGCAGGGAAGGAGGGCAGAUUUUUUUCUAGUUUUUAAUUGGGGGAUGUGGGGGGGGCGGGGAGGUUUUCUAUAAACUGUAUCAUUUUCUGCUGAGGAUGGCGUAUCCCAUCCUUUUAAUCAAGGUGAUUGUGAUUUUGACCAAUAAAAAGGACUUUAUAAUUGUG